AUGGCAGAUUGUGACCAUAACUCCACUUCAUACUUUAAUGAAUGUAACACUUCUUUCGCUUACCCAGGCUAUGUUAACAGUACUUUCAAUGAGAGUACAAAUCAUACUGGCCCUGUAUAUCUCGACCCAUCGUACUAUUCAAUGAACUACAGAAUUGUUGGUACUGUAUUCCAAGGCAUUGUCUUUAUUGUCGGUGUGUUGGGAAACAUCAUGGUGGUCAUUGUUGUGUGGCAAACAAGGAGCAUGCACACACCCACUAAUUGUUACCUGGUCAGCUUAUCGAUUGCCGAUUUUAUGGUGCUUAUAGCAUCAGUACCAAUUGAGAUAUUGGGUUAUUACUUAUUAGGUGAUGAAUGGAUACUGGGACGAUGGGGCUGUGCAAUAUUCGUCUUCCUCCAGUAUUUUGGCAUCAAUGCAUCAUCUCUAUCCAUAACUGCAUUUACAGUAGAGAGAUACAUAGCCAUAUGUCACCCAAUGAAGGCACAGAUGGUGUGCACAGUCAACAGAGCUAAGAAAAUCAUAAUAGGGGUUUGGAUAUUUGCGGCUAUCUACUGCUGCCCUUGGCUUAUUCUAACGAAGAUUGAACCCAUUUAUUACAAAGGCCAUCAGAACAAGGAGACAUGCACAUUUGCCCUGUCGAGAGAGCACUAUGCUGGCUACUUCUUCACAGAUCUCGUUCUCUUCUACAUUCUGCCCCUGAUUUUGUCUUGCAUCUUGUAUGGAUUAAUUGCCAGGAUCCUCUUCUCGAAUGAAAUUCCCAAGACCCCUGGCAAGAAGAAUGGAACGCCCAGUGUCAGCACUGGAGACUCCAAGAAGACCAACAGCAGCACUAAUGCAAGAGUUCAA